AACACAUGCCACUCAUUGCGCAUGCAUACAAGACAUUUUUUUUUUUUUUUUGGGAUGUGCUUCCUAAUUUGAUGUUCUGAUUUCUGCUUAUGUAAGCUCCCCUGCUACAGUUUUUUGUUGUUGAAUCUGGCCCACUCUCCUCCUAUAAAACCCCCUGAUUACCCAACUGCUCUCCCACAAUCUCAUCUUUACCUCCAAACUGAAGUUUCUUCAAAGUAAUACAUAUUCUAAUAUCACUUAUCACCUUUCAUAUACAAUUAGUUAACUAUGAUUCCAUCAGAGGCUGUAGCAACUCACUACUUUGCGUCUGAAAAUCCUUCACCUCUUCCUCUUGAUUUUAACUUCAUGCAAAACAGUUUACCAUCGCCCCAGUUCAGCAGAUAUUUAACCAAUAUUCAACCAAAUUAUCCAACCUCUCUUCCUGUUCAUGACUUCAAUAAUCUGCCACCAUCUUACAUCAGUGGUAACUCACCAUCUUACAUCAGUGGUAACUCUACCUCUGAUGAAGCGGACGAGCAGCAAAUUAAGGUCAUCGACGAGAGAAAGCAGAGAAGAAUGAUAUCUAACCGGGAAUCAGCUAGAAGAUCAAGGAUGAGGAAACAAAAACACCUUGAUGAACUAUGGUCCCAAGUUCUUCGUCUUAGGACUGAAAAUCACAAUUUGAUCGAUAAAUUGAACCAUGUCUCGGAAUGUCAUGAAAAAGUCCUUCAAGAAAACUCACAGUUAAAGGAAGAGGCUUCCAACCUUCGUCACAUGCUUACUGAUCUACAAUUUAAUUGUUCUUUUCCUGAUUUAUGCGACCUCGAAGAUUUUCCAUGCACCACUGCUCAUCUCAAAGCUGAAUCAUCCAACCUAUCGAUCACUUCUUCCGCAAAUCUGCUUCACUGAAAAUAGAGAGAGAUGUAUUUUCAGUUUACUUUUUCUUCAUGUUGUUUAAUUUACAUGAAUGUCAAAUGAGUCUUUAUUUCAUGUCUGAAUGUCCAGUAACAUCUUGAGUUAAGCCAUUAAUGUUUUGAUGCGUCGUUUAAUCCUCGCAUAAUUCUAUAGCUAUGUUAGGAUAAGAUUAUUUACAUAUGAAA